AUGACCACACAUAUAUUCAACAUCGUCGUCGUUGGGGAUGGUGCGGUCGGCAAGACUUGCCUGCUGCACGCCUACACGGACAAGUCGUUCAAAAACUUCUACGAACCAACGAUAUACGAUAAGGAGUCAAUUGAAAUGAUACUCGAUGGUCAGAAGUACACCAUCCAGCUGCACGAUACGGCCGGCCAGGAAGAGUAUGACAAAAUCAGGCAACAGUUUUACAAACGGGCACAUUGUUUUCUCCUAUGCUACAGUAUAGACAACAGAAUUUCAUUCGAAAAUGUGUCCACUAAAUGGAUGCCCGAGAUCAAAACGGACCCGCCCGUUCCAAUCGUACUGCUGGGUACCAAGCUGGAUAAUCGGAAAGGAAAAACCAACGAGGUGUCGACGGGUGAAGGCGAACGGUUAAGGCGCACAAUCAAUGCGAACUCGUUCGUGGAAUGUUCCGCAAAAAGCAACCGCAACGUGGAGCUAGCCAUCGAGGAGAGUGUACGAGCCUGUCUGGCGGGUGUACCAGAACCGGAACCGGACGAUAAUUGGGCAUUCUUUCAGGGGUUUGAUUGUUUCGGGUGUCUGGCAUGA